CUUUUAAUAACUUCUUUCUAAGAAUUCUUAUUCUUUGUUCUUUUAUCUUCUAAAAUGGCUAACACUGGUCUACUGUUAGGACUCCUAUCUCUAUCCUUCUAUGCUGCCUUGGCUUCUGAUAAUAGUCCUCUUCAAGAUUUUUGUGUUGCUGAUCCAACCAGUCAAGUACUAGUGAAUGGUAUUGCAUGCAAGAACCCUAUCAUGGUUCAAGCCAAUGACUUCUUCUUUAGUGGACUUCAUAUGGCCGGCAACACAUCGAAUGCAGUUGGCUCUAAGGUGACCCCGGUUAGUGCAGCUCAGAUACCAGGGCUUAACACUCUUGGCGUAUCAAUGGUCCGUAUUGACUAUGCACCAAUGGGUAUCAACCCUCCCCACACCCACCCUCGCGCUACUGAGAUCUUGACAGUCCUAGAAGGUAGCCUUGAAGUUGGGUUUGUCACGUCAAACCCUGAUAACCGUCUAAUCUCAAAGGUGCUUCAGAAGGGUGAUGUAUUUGUUUUCCCAAUCAACCUCAUCCACUUCCAACGCAACGUGGGAAAUGGCAAUGCCGUUGCCAUUGCAGGUCUCAGCAGCCAAAACCCAGGUGUCAAUACAAUUGCGAAUGCGGUGUUUGGUUCCAAGCCUAAAAUAUCGAGUGAUAUUAUUGCUAAGGCUUUUCAACUGGACGAAAACAUCGUUGUCAGCAUUCAGUCAAAAUUCUAAACAGGCAACAGGGAUUACCAUAAAUGAUUGUUUGGAGUUAGCCUUUGGUUUAUAGUUUGAUUUUCAUUUCAUUAUCAUGUUUUCUCAUUAAAAAUAAUUGUUUCUCAAGUUUUUGUAGAAAGAGUGAUGGGGCAGUGGAUUGUAAUGGUUGUGCUUCAUUGUUUUGAUUGUCUAAUAGUAUGUGUGAUUUUUUCAAAAUGGAUUUCCCAUGGGCUUGG